AUGAUGCUCCGAAGUCGCCAGGCGUCCAAGGCCCUGAGGGCCUUGGGCCAGGCACGGCACUUCACCUCGACGACACAGCCCGCCGCCGUGCAGGCCCCGAGAAAGAUCGCCUCCGGACAGCGGAAUCAAGCUACCGCCGCGACGGCCACCUCUGCCGCACCCAAUGUCCGCGCCACGCCGAGUCCUGCCUUCAAUGCGGAGGAGCAGCAGCAGCAAAAACACAGCCAUGUCCAGCCGCUGGUCAAUCCCCAGAAGAGCGACAUGGAUGAGUCGUUCAUCGGCAAGACGGGCGGCGAAAUCUUUCACGAAAUGAUGCUGAGACAAGGCGUCAAGCACAUCUUUGGAUACCCCGGCGGCGCCAUCUUGCCCGUCUUCGAUGCCAUCUACAACUCAAAACACUUCGACUUCAUCCUGCCCAGACACGAGCAGGGCGCCGGCCACAUGGCCGAGGGCUACGCCCGCGCGUCCGGCAAGCCCGGCGUCGUCCUCGUCACCUCGGGCCCCGGCGCCACCAACGUCGUGACCCCAAUGCAGGACGCCCUGUCCGACGGCACGCCACUCGUCGUCUUUUGCGGCCAGGUCCCGACCUCGGCCAUCGGCAGCGAUGCCUUCCAGGAGGCCGACGUCGUCGGCAUCUCCCGCGCCUGCACCAAGUGGAACGUCAUGGUCAAGAACGUCGCGGAGCUGCCGCGGAGAAUCAACGAGGCCUUUGAGAUUGCCACGAGCGGUCGCCCCGGCCCCGUCCUCGUCGACCUGCCCAAGGAUGUCACCGCCGGCAUCCUGAGGAGAGCCAUCCCCACGGAGACGGCCCUGCCCGCGCUGCCGAGCGCCGCCUCGCGCGCCGCCAUGGAGUCGAGCCGGAAACACCUCGAGCACACCAUCAAGCGCGUCGCCGACCUCGUCAACAGGGCCAAGCAGCCCGUCAUCUACGCCGGCCAGGGCAUCAUCCAGUCCGAGGGCGGGCCCGAGCUCCUCAAGGAGCUGGCCGACAAGGCCUCCAUCCCCGUCACCACGACCCUCCAGGGCCUCGGCGGCUUCGACGAGCUCGACGAGAAGUCGCUGCACAUGCUCGGCAUGCAUGGCUCGGCCUACGCCAACAUGGCCAUGCAGGAGGCCGACCUCAUCAUCGCCCUCGGCGCGCGCUUCGACGACCGCGUCACCCUUAACGUGGCCAAGUUCGCGCCCGGCGCGAGGGCCGCCGCGGCCGAGAAGCGCGGCGGCAUCGUCCACUUCGAGGUGAUGCCCAAGAACAUCAACAAGGUGGUGCAGGCCACCGAGGCCGUCGAGGGCAACGUCGGCAGCAACCUCAAGCUCCUGCUGCCCGAGGUGCAGGCCAAGACGAUGGACGACCGCAAGGAGUGGUUCGGCAAGAUCAACGAGUGGAAGAAGAAGUGGCCGCUGUCGCACUACGAGCGUGCGGAGCGACACGGACUCAUCAAGCCGCAGACCCUCAUCGAGGAGCUGAGCAAGCUGACGGCAGAUCGCAAGGACAAGACGUACAUUGCCACCGGCGUCGGCCAGCACCAGAUGUGGACGGCUCAGCACUUCCGGUGGAGGCACCCGCGCAGCAUGAUCACGUCGGGUGGUCUCGGCACCAUGGGCUUUGGUCUGCCGGCGGCCAUCGGCGCCAAGGUCGCGCAGCCGGACGCCCUCGUCUUCGAUAUCGACGGCGACGCCUCAUUUGGCAUGACCCUGACGGAGCUGGCCACGGCGGCGCAGUUCAACAUUGGCGUCAAGGUCAUUGUCCUCAACAACGAGGAGCAGGGCAUGGUAACGCAGUGGCAGAACCUCUUCUACGAGGACCGCUACGCGCACACGCACCAGGUCAACCCUGAUUUCAUGAAGCUGGCCGAGUCGAUGCGCGUCCAGGGCCGGCGAUGCGUGGACCCCGAGGACGUGGUCGACAGCCUGAAGUGGCUGAUCAACACUGACGGCCCGGCCCUGCUGGAGGUUGUCACGGACAAGAAGGUGCCCGUCCUGCCCAUGGUGCCGGCGGGCUCGGCCCUGCACGAGUUUUUGGUGUUUGACGGAGAAAAGGACAAGAAGCGACGAGAGCUGAUGCGGGAAAGGACCUCGGGCCUGCACGGCUAG